CGGCCGACGCGCUGCAAUCUGUUCACUGUUUUCGCUGGACGAGAAUUGCCAAAGUCUCGAAAGCUCUCUCUCUUCGCGGAACGGGAAAACCUUUGAGAUGCUGAAAUGCGCCAUUGAUGCCUUGGGCAAUUCUGAAAUUGCCGAUUGAUCGAGCGCCAUAAUCCCGUAGAGAGCGAAUUCAAAAUUUUCGGAUGUUGUUUCUCGACACGGAGCCAUGAAAGUUCUCGAAUCCAAUGCAGGGUUGUUGUCGAAUUUGGAAGUGCUGGAGCUGUUGCAAAAGCGAGGUGCUGCCAAGGGACCAUUGGGUGGCUCGAUCUCACCUGCCGAGUACAAGGUGUACGAGUUUUUGGUCGACACUCCCGCAGGAACACAAACGAGGGCAGCGCUGGAGGAAUUUGUGAAAGAAGUGAAGGUUUUCAAGCUGACGGAAGCUGAACGCUUGCAGUCUGUCAACCUACGACCUGCCACAGCAGUGGAGGUUCACUUGAUUGUAGAGGAUUGCGAUGAACGAUUGUCUGGCGAGCAGGUAGACUCGUUGAUUGAGACUGUUGACAGAGUUCUGCCUAGCCCGCCGGAAAAACCUGAAGCCGAGGAAGAAGAAGCGAAAGGAGAAGAGGAUGAAGAAUUAGAGGAAGCAGAAGAGGGAUCUGGAGCCGCUUAGUUGUAUCAAUUUCUGGCCCCCAUUUCCUCAUUAGGACCAUGAACCCUUCGAGUUGCAACCCUUUCACUUCUGCGCAAGGCCGGCAUCAGUGCUAAAUCUUGCCCUACAUUCUUAUCUUCAGAGCCGCACUUUCCAUGUCACGUACACAUGUGAAUCAUCAUUCUUAUGACAGUGGCGAGUCCAAUAGUACACCAGCAGUUGGAGGUCGUUGUUUAGGCCCGUCCAGCUUCUUCCUUUCUCACAAUCAGCAGUGACCCGCACCGAAGGUCACCGCUCGCCGUCCUCAAGGUCAUCUUUAUCACAUAAAGAGAUCAGUCUGGUAAGAAAGUCGGAUGUCAUGAGACAGCUUUUCGUGCUUGCUUGACUGGCGAGCUGUAAAAGCUAGGGACCUGCGUAGUGAAUACCAUCAACCUGGAUGAGGAGGCCAGACCUCCUUGCAUCUGCUGACUCGUGAAGGGAUUGCUUCCGCGAGGCGAGGCCAUUUACGUUGUUCCGCACAAACCGUACGCUUGAAGUGUAGAAAAGUCUCAAGCAAUAAGUUCCCGAUUGAAAACCUCAAUUGCUACUGGACUGUGCUCACAAUUUAUGUAUGAACGGUCAGCUCUUUUAUUCCACAAGGGUGUAAUUCCUCGUGUCAGUAAGUUGUGCAUUCUCCUGAUAACUGCUCCUCAGCUUUUGCAACUCUCGCCCAGGUAAUCCCCAUGCAUGAGGCUGCAGGUGUGUGUGGAGGUGCGGGCUAAUUAAACUGCAAUACAGCUUAUGUUUCUCAUGCGAGUUUGUUCGGCCAUAGUACUUGCUGUCAUGAUUACAGCGUUCAUUGCUUUCGAGUCCUCGUCUUUCCAAAGUCUGCGGUGCGUGGUUGGACUGUCGAUUGGUGCAAUUGUAUCUUACCCCACCCCACCUCACCUCAUCUUGAGCGAGUCCUGGGAGAAGGCAGAAAUUUCCCAGCUAAACUUCCGGGUCAUGGUCAUCGUCGUUGACGGGAGUGACACAAAUCUGGCUCGAGGUGUCAAUGAAUCAUGAAACAUUCCGCUCUGUGAACACUCAAAACAUGAUCAUCGUUCCGGUCGUACCUGCAGACUUGUGUCCAGUUAUCAACCAGUGGCUAUUGGCAGCAUAUAUAAAUGUUCCCCAAAAUGAAUAGGUCUCCGUAGUCAGGUCCUAAAAAUAUCUCUCCUGAGUCCAGCCAAGUACACAGGUACCUCUACAGUUAUCAACCUACAUUAUUUCCAUGCGUCCCUGCGCCUCUCUUCCACCUGAAGAGCGUAAAGUCCCAGAUAUACCGUCGUCAGAAUUCAGAUGCCUCGAGGUUGCAGCAGGAGUCCAACAGUCUGGUUCCCUUGCGUAACGUUCCCUGGGAGGGGUUGACAUGUGAGCCGGCAGGAUUGAAGUGAAGUGAACUGAGUUUCUAGAUUUGUGGAAUGCGGGG